GCUCCAAGAUGGCGGCCGCCUGUAAACACUCCGCUCUUGAGCUGUAACGUUUCAAACCUCUGGUUUUCUUCCGUUUGCUUUUCUGACACAUCAGCCCCGACAGCUCCAACAUACAAAAUCGAUCAUUUCUACCACAGUCUACGACAUGGACAAAGAUAAAGGAUCAACAACACCGAAGAAUGAGAAAAAAGUGCUCUGUGUGGCCUCAUCUCCCGCAGGUGUCCAGAUCCCCUCUCUGAGUCCUGUUCCAGGUCUGAAGCAGGAAAUCCUAGAGACCGCACAGAUCAAAGAGGAGCCAGAGGAACAGAGCGUCAAACAGGAGGAAGAGCAGCUGCAAGUGUGUGUCCCUGAGUCCAGUGCUGUCGAUGUGAAGACAGAAGAGUCCUCACUGGACAUCAUCCCAGAGCCACAUGUCGACUCAGACACUGAGGAACUCACAGAGCACUCUUCUGACACUGAGAAUGAUGAAGACUGGAGAACUCCAUUCAGCUGUUCAGCUGCACAGAUGGAGACAGAGGCUGAUAGAGACCAAGUCCAGAUCAGAGCCAGAAGCACCACUGCUCCAAACUUAGGUCUAUCCCCCAAAUACAAGUCUGCACCAGAAACCAGUGCCACUCUGGACAAUGGAGACAUGUCAGGAGCCAAAGAGAAGAAACACCAGUGCACUAAUUGUAAAAAGAGAUUUGGGACUAGAUAUGAUUUAAAAAGACACAUGAAAAGAUACAUGGGAGACAACCCUUACAGUUGUUCAGUUUGUAAGAAAACAUUUUGCCAGCGUUCAACACUUCGAACACACAUGAUAAUACAUACAGGUGAAAGACCAUUCAGCUGUUCAGUUUGUACAAGAACAUAUCCCCGAAAUGGUGAUCUUGUAGCACACAUGAGAACACACACAGGAGAAAAACCCUACAGUUGUUCAGUCUGUAAGAAAUCAUUUUACCGAAAUUCAACUCUCACAACACAUAUGAGAAAACAUACAGAUGUAAACUCAUUCAGCUGUUCAAUUUGUAAAAAAAUAUAUACGAAAAAUAGUGAGCUUGUAGUACACAUGAGAAUGCACACGGGAGACAAACCUUACAGCUGUUCAGUCUGUAAGAAAACAUUUUGCCGAAAUUCAACACUUCGAUCACACAUGAGGAUACAUACGGGUGAGAAACCAUUCAGCUGUUCAGUCUGUGAUAAAACAUUUAACCAACGAAGUAAUCUUAAUGUACACAUGAGAAUACAUACAGGGGAAAAACCAUUCAGCUGCUCAGUCUGUAAUAAAACAUUUAGCCAUCUAACUACUCUGGAAACACACUUGAGAACACAUACAAGUGAAAAAACAAGCAGCUGUCAUAAAAUGGAAUUUACCCAAAACAGUGAUCUUACAGUGCACACGAGAACAGACAUGGGAGACAAACCUUACAGCUGUUUAGUCUGUAAGAAAACGUUUUAUUAUUAUUCAAAACUUGAAGCACACAUGAGAAUACACACAGGUGAAAAACCCUUCAGCUGUUCAAUCUGUAAGAAAACAUUUAACCGAAAAAGUUAUCUUAAAGUACACAUGAUAAUGCAUACAGGUGAUAAAACAUUCAGCUGUUCAGUCUGUAAGAAAACAUUUAAUCAAAAAAUGUGUCUUAAAGAACACCUGAGAGUACAUACAGGUGAAAAACCAUUCAGUUGUUCAAUUUGUAAAAAAGCUUUUUCUCAUUCCUCUAGUCUCAGAUAUCAUAAGAGAGCACAUGAAAAGGAGAAACCUUACAUCUGCUCAGUCUGUAAAACAGGAUUUACCUCCAGCUCUAAUCUGAAAGUUCAUAUGAGACGUCACACAGGCGAGAAAUGUGAAGAUAUAGUUCAGCCUGUGGAUAACACUGGAGACAAACCAAAGCUGACUGAUCACAGUGAUGGAGCUGUAUCUACACGGUCUGAGGAUGAGAGCAUAAGCCAGCUGCAGGAGUUAGGACAAAAUGUGGCGUCAUUUCAUCUGCAGUCAUCUUUCGGACUCCAGAGAUUCUCAACUUGUCCCGAGGACAUUCGCCAUUACACCAGAUUUGCGUCCUAUGAGCACCUCAUGGCCUUUUGGAACCUCAUUGAAAGUGCCACAACAAAAAUGGUCAGAGUCACAUUGAAGAAGCCUUCAAGAACAAGUUCUGAAACUCCAUUAACUGAGCCAACAAAGCUGAGGCCUAUAGACGAGUUGUUCCUCUUCCUGACGUAUCUCUCCACUGGAUGCAAUCACUCUGAACUUGGCCACAGAUUCCACAUCCACAGCUCCACUGUGAGCGGAGUUAUCGUCACCUGGGCUAACUUCCUGUAUUGUCUCCUGGGGUCCAUCUGUGUUUGGAUGUGUCCCGCUGUCAUCAGGGAAACUCUCCUUAAAGAUUUCCACGGCGGUGAAGACAGAGUCGUCCUUGAGUGUACAGAGCUGCUGUGUCAAAGUCCCUCAUCACUGCUUCCACAGAGUGAGGUGUUCUCCACACACAAAUGUCACUGCACCUUUAAGGCCAUGGUGGGCAUUUGUCCUGAUGGAGCACUCCCCUUUGUGUCGUCCCCGUGUGAGGGCUCCAUGAGGGACAGGGAGCGUUCCUGUCAGUCAGGUGUCUCACUCCUCUCUCCUGACAUGGACAAAAUGGAUGAGAAGGGCUCUCAGGUGGAUGACCUUGUGUCAGGAGGUGUGCACCGUCCUGUAGUUGUUCCCAAAGGAGCAGAAAUGCCCAAAGAGGAAGUACUGAGGACACGGGCCAUUGGCCGACUGAGAGUUCAUGUGGAGAGAGCCAUCCAAAGAGUCAAAGAGAACAAAGUCUUUGACACCAUCAUCCCUCUUUCAAUCUCUGGAAGCAUUAACCAGAUCUUUACAGUGGCCUGUCUUCUCUCGGACUAUCAGCAUGCUCCUCUGUAUAAAUGACAUUUUACUGUUGUAUGAGUUUACAUGAGGCUGCUGAUCUCAAAUAAUUUCUAUACAGACGACAAAAACAUGUUCAACCCUCCCAGUGAAAGAUGCAUUGGUCUGAAAAAAUAAUCUCAAAAUAGAUUAAUAUUCAGCUCUUUCAGAUCCAGGCUACGCGCUGAUCCCAUCUUGCAAUCAAAUUCUUUACUUCAAAGUAGAAAUAGUACUAUUAGAAUAUAAGCUACUUUCUAUGCACUUUUUCUCCCAAAAUCAAUUAUUUCUACCAAUUCCAGCUUUUAGCACAGCUGACUUUGUUAUAGAAUUCUGUCCCUCUAAAAGGUUUGAGUUUUCCUAAACACAUCGAUCAGUUCUUUUCUGGUUGGAACAAAGAUCAGUCUAAUUGUAAACCUGCAUCAGUUUGUACUCUGCCUUUUCAAAAUAAAAUGGAGAGGACAUUUUUACAGAG